AACAUCAAUCAGUUCAUGAUCUCAAUCAAAAACUUAAUCAUCUCCACAAUCUUAUACUGAUAAAACUCAAUAAAACGGAUUAAUUUCAGUCGAUAUUUCUUAUCCACUUAUUAUCAAUCAUUAUCUAAUUAAAUCAUAUUAGAUCUUAUCAAUUUUGCUUAAUGAACAAAUAUAUAUAUGUACACAAUUGAAUUCAAUGAUAAAUCGUGUCAUUUAUGCACAUAAUACUUCCAUUCAUUCAUUCAUUCCUUCAUUCAUCAUGGAUAUAUACAUCACGUUGAUCAUCAAUGAAUGAUGCCAACAAAUACAAGUUCAUCUAUUUUAUUGAUUAGAUUCAAUCAUUAAUCAUAUGAUUGAAUAUGACAAUGCCAACACUUAUUAAUAUGAAUGAGAACAUGUCUACUAAUGGAAUAUAAAUUAUUUAUUACAAGAAGUUAUUAAUAUUAUUAAAUGGAUUGGAUCUAUCUCAUUCGUGUUAUAUUUGGUUUAUUUCUAAUGAAACAACUCAUCUCUCUUCUAUACAUCAUAUUCAUUUAUACAAUUGGGAAGAGAUUAUUCUCUAAAAGGAAAUUAUUAAAACAAGCUGGUGAAUGGGCAAUUGUCACUGGUGCAACAGAUGGAAUUGGUAAAGUAUAUGCAGAAGAAUUAGCUAAUGAUGGUUUAAAAAUUAUGUUGAUUAGUAGAAAUGAAGAGAAACUUUUAAGUAUUGCUGAUGAGAUUGGACGAAAUUAUCAUGUUGAGACAAGAAUAGUAACAGCUGAUUUUACAAGUACUGAUGUCUAUCAAAGAAUACAAGAAGCUAUAGAUCAAUUAUCAUCAAUUGCUUGUUUAGUUAAUAAUGUUGGUAUGGGUCUGCCUAAAUUAGAUUAUUACGCAACAACCGAUUACAUGUCUAUAAAUUUUAUUAAAAACAUCGUUUUUUGUAAUACUUUACCUAUUGCUAUAAUGACCCAUAUAGUAUUACCGAAAAUGUUAAAACAACCUACAAAUGGGAUGGCUAUCAUUAAUAUUGGAUCACAUUCUGGUUAUAGACCAUUUCCAUUUUUAUCAUUAUAUUCAGCAACAAAAGCAUUUGUAAAUCAAUUAUCUAGAUCCAUUUCAAAUGAGAACUAUGAUCAUCGUAUUCAUAUACAAACAGUUUGUCCAAUGUUUGUAUCGACUAAAAUGAUCAGUUAUUGUAAAAUGUUAUCAUUGAUUCCUGAUGCAAAAAUUUAUGUUCAACAUGCAUUAAAUAUGUUAGGUGUUGAACAAGAAACAUUCGGUUAUAUAGGGCAUGCUAUUCAAGCUUAUAUAAAUAGUUUUAUACCAAAUUCAUUUCUUAGAUAUUAUAUGUUAUUCAUAAGAUGGUGGAUUAUAAAACAUAAAUUACAUUAAAGUAAUAUCUUAUUAUAAUAAAACAUAUUUAAUUCGAAUGGAAACAUGGACAAUAUUCUUAGAUCUACAUCUAUAUAUCUAUAACCAUCAUUGAAUGAACUACUUCGAUCAAUUCAGUAUUCAUCUUGUUGUGAUGAUAAGGUGUAGUAAGUUGAACCAAUGCCUGGUCCUGUGUUGUAGCUGAUGAUUGAUUGAUUGAUUGAUUGAUACUUAUAACCACCUUAUGUCUUUACUAUUGCUAUUAUUAUUAUUAUUAUUGUUACUAACAUUAUAACAUUCAAGAAGACCUCUAUUUACUGUGAUAUUCUUUCUUUUCACUUGUCAUAAUAUAAAUUUAUCUUGUAUACGUAAAAUAUCGGUUAUAACUUGUGACCUAUGUGAUCUAUUCAUGUAUAAUUUAACAAUAUCGUCAAUUAGGGAGCAGUGAAUUAUCGAUCGGAUCAAUGAAGGUCUUUCUUCCCAUCUAGACCUACCUGUUACAGUCUAGAACACAAAUCUCAGUCUCCACGGUUUAAAUCGUAUAUUUCAAACAUACUGGAUUUAUAUAGCAACUAAACAGAUUAUAUCAUACCAUAAAAUAGGAAACAACAU